UUUCCAGCUAGAGAAAAAUGCCUAACAAUGAACUCUGUGGAUAUGUAUCAUUGUUGUACAGUAUUGCAGACAAACCACUAGAACUGUGGUCGAAGUAUGUCUCCUUGGGUGGUAAGAUCCGUAGAGUGAAGGACAAUGCAUUGCAUGGGGAUAAAAUAAUAGAGAUUACAGGACCAUAUGACAGCACAAUCCCUACAAACAUAACUAUUCCUGCUAAAGCAUUAGAUAUUUUGAAUAUAAAACUUCCCAUUCUCGUAUUCAUAAUAAAGAAUUUAAACUUGGAAUUAAAGCUAGAAGUUCAGAUAAUAGAUAAAAAACAGCAUCGCAGAAGAUUCUCUUUUAUGACUUACAAUCUUGAAAAACUACCACGCAUUGAUACAAGCUUGGCUCGUAUUCCAUUAAAAUUAGAAGAAUGUUGGAACACCUUGGAAAUAAAUCUUCAGACACUUUGUUGCGAAGUGUAUGGAACAGAUUACGAGGCUCUGCAAAGAAUAAUAGUUUAUCCAAACUGUCAUCUGAGGAGAAUAUAUUUGCAAGACCGUCAUUAUAAUUAUGAUGAAACUCCUAUCCAGAUGUGCCAAGCAUUUUUUGACAUGUACCUGUUAAAGCGGGGAAUUAAUUUUACAGAAAGGGCCUGUCAAACGGAACAACAUUACACAGGUUUUACACGUUCUAAGAAAAAUGUGAGAUGUAUAAAUUAAUGUAUGUUAAUUUCUUAUUUGACUUCCAGGAUUGUUAGAGCAAUCUGAAUUGAACUGUUUAGCAAAAGAUAAUUCAGUUAGUGCACCGUCAACAAAAAUUAAGUUAU